AUGAAAGUUAAACCACUCAACGAAAAUUGUUUAAAUGGGAUUCUAGAAUACCUUUCAGAUGAUAAAAUUACGUUAUACUCUUGCAUGUAUGCAAAUAGAUUUUUUUGUAAAAUUGUGGUGCCAAUAUUAUGGAGAAAUCCUUGGAUUAAUUCUUCAAUUCGUUACGAUGACACAAUAUUUUGGAAAACAAUUGGGAAAACGAUUAUCAAAUGUCUUCCUAAUGAAUCCAAAGAAUUACUAUUUAAGAAAGGUUUACGAUUAAACCCAUCAGUUAUUGGACCACCUUUAUUCAAUUACAUUUCAUAUUGUCAAUCACUUUCAUCUAGAAUUAUACGAAAAUUAACCGAUAAUAUGCUUGAUGGAUAUAAUACCAAUAAUACAUCAAAUGAUCAUAGAACAUUGAUUCAAGAGGAAUUUUGGAAAUUAUUCUUAAAACAAAGUUAUAGUAUCAAAUUCUUAAAGCUUCCCACUUUUAAAAUUUUUGAAUACCCUGGUGCAAAAAAUUCUUUAAAAUUUUUAUCUACAUUAGAUUGCGAUACAUUUCUUACCUCAGAAUAUUUUUUGGAAAUACAAAAAUAUUGUCAUUUCAUAAGACGUAUCGAAAUUGUAAUGAACUUUAAUAAUUACAAUGAAGAAAUAGAAUCACUUAUUCUUACACAAAAGAAUUUACAAGAAUUAAAAUUUAUUGCAAUUGAUGAAAAGAAAUUAUUUAAAUUUAAAAAAGAAGAAACAAUUAAAUUUCUUUCACAUUCAUUAAAGUCCAUUGAAUUUGAGAAUAGAGUUUGUCUUUCCCCUCAUAUUUUUCCAUCUUUUAAUAAUUUAACUGAAUUACAUAUAAAUCUUAAAAACUUUGAUUAUAUUGGAUUAUAUUGUUUAAAAGAUAUUAUUAUACCUCAAUUAGAAGUUUUAAAUUUUAAAAAUGCUGUUGGUGUAAAUUUUGAUAUUUAUUCAACAUUUAUUUCAAACACUCAAGGUUUUCUUAGAAUAAUUAAGAUUGAAACAAAAUCUCAUCCUCCCAUUUCCAAUAUAGAAAUUUAUUUACAAACUUUAACAACUUAUUGUCCUAGGAUUGAAUUUGUGCCAAUUUGGUUGGCGAGACGUCAAUCUUUAGAUGUUUUUGAUAGUUUUUUAUUUUCUUCCAGCGAGUUAAAGGUGAUUCAAAUUGAAUUAAAAGAACCUAAUGAUUUACAUCUCAAUAAAGAACCUGCUUUAGCUAGACCUAUCUUGGAAUUAUUAGCUACUAGAUCUUCUCCUGAAUUAAGGAAAAUUUAUUUAAAAGGAAAAUGGAGUUUUUCUCAUAUUGAUCUUCGAGGUUUUUUUGAAAUGUGGAAGGGAAGACGACGACUUUUAACUUUUAAUUUAGAUAAUGAUUUCUAUUCUUAUUAUAUCGUUCAAGUGUGCAAAGAAUAUUAUAAACAAGGCGUGAUUAAUGGCGGUACCAUUAAUUACACUUCAAAGGCCUAA